AUGAGAUCCUGGAUCCUUGGCAGCUCGCUGCUGCUAGCUUCGACGACCCACGCUCUGCCUGAGAUAUCCAUCUCCAAACGCGACAAGGGCACAAAUGGAGCAUCGGACCACUCCGCCUCGAGUGUCAACGCCAUCACCAAACGGCAGAAUAGCAAUGGUGGAACGGUCGGCACAGAUGUCUUCGAUGUUUUGAGCUGGAGCUUUGGAGGAGCAUACUACGCGAAUAGUGAGUUGACGCGCAGUCACAUCCCCUGCAUACCAGACUGACUGACAGCGCCGCCAUAGUAACCGUCGGCACGCCUUCUCAAUCGCAAACCGUCAUCCUCGAUACCGGCUCCUCCGACCUCUACUUCGAUGCCUCCUCAGCGCAGACCUGCCAGCUUCCUGCCACCGCCUCCAACUCAUGUCAAGGCGGAACUUUCAACCCCAAGAACUCCAGCACCUACAAUGUUGUCGACCAAUCCCCCGCAUUCAACACAACUUUCGGCGAUGGUUCGACAGCAGUCGGCCCAUACGCCAGCGAUGUUGUGGGUAUUGGGGAUGUGCUCGUCUCGCCCGUGCAGUUUGGUGUAGCCGAUGUAGUGAACAGCACGACGGGAUAUUCGAUCGGUUUGAUGGGAAUCGGAUACAGCAGCAAUGAGGCGGUCCAGAGUAGAAGCGAUUUCUACCCCAACAUGCCGGAGAUUUUGAAAGAUGCGGGCGUGAUCAACAGCAGAUUGUACUCAAUCUGGCUCAACGAUGAGAGUGAGUGAAAGAUGGUGAAUGUGUAUGGAGACGGCAUUAACAUCGCGCAGGGUCGACAUCCGGCACCAUUCUCUUUGGCGGCAUUGACAGGUCCAAAUACACCGGCACCCUCGCGACAGUGGACUUCCUCCCACCGCUCUAUGAUGGGCAGAUCUUGAACACUGUUAACCAAUUCAUCACGACUGUGACGGGAUGCAAUGCCACUGUCAGCGGCAAGACGACCGCGCUCUGGUCCGGAGGCUCGCCCGACUACCAUGCUUACGGCUCUCGCGAUGCAUCUCUCCCGGUUCUCCUGGACACUGGCAGCACCGCGUGGUCGAUACCGACGACCUACUAUACUGCUAUCACACGGCUCUUUUCAUACAUCGAUGCUCGAACUGGAAUAACUUCUUGCGCAAAUGCGAACACCGGAGACUACCUUUCCUUGGAAUUUGGCGGCAAGGUAGUCAUCCACGUCGACGUCAGCCAAUUCGUAGUGCCGAUCGUCAACGCGACCACGCGAAAACCUAUCCUGUACGAUACGAAAGGCGAUGCUGCCUGUGCCUUCCUACUACAGCCAUCUGAGGAAUCCGACAUGGGUUUCGAUGUCCUCGGAGACGCAAUCCUUCGCAGCAUGUAUGUCGUAUUCGAUCUCGACAAUGGACAGGCAUCGAUAGCGCAGGCCGUACAGAACAGCACCAAGCAGCCAGACAUUGUCACUGUCAAGGCUGGACCGACUGGCGUGGCUGCCGCGGUUGGAUCGGGUGUCGCAACCGCCGCAUCGAAUACCUGGUCAAUAGCUGCUCAGGUCUCUUCCAUGCCCUACUCCGUCAGCACAGCGCACAGUACUAUCGGUACAGCAACUGGAAAUGCUGCGGUUCCGGCGGGCGCGCAGGUCAUCCAAUCUGGCUCAUCCGACAGCAGUGGUGGCGGCAGCGGCAGCGGCAGCGGCAGCGGCAGCACAUCCAGUGGCGCCGCUGCUGGAGUCGUUAUUCCAAACGCCGAUUUCACUCCAAUUUGGAUAACUGGUCUUUGGAUAGCGGGUGUAGCGCUGGGUUUUGGCGUUAUGAUGUAA